AUGAGUAAACAUAAGAAAGAUCCUACGAUUGUUAAAUCGUUUGUGGGCAACAAGAAAGAAGGCCAGGGUUUCGCUGAUAAAAGAAAGCGGAAAGCAGCUUAUGAAUAUCUAAAACUGCUGAAGAAAGAAAAGCAGACAGCUGAAAGGGUGGAAGGGAAGGAAGCACCCAAACACCAGAAGCUAUCUUUCUUACAACACAGAAAUACAAAGGAGAAGCAGAAUCAUACAUUCAGUGUAGCGGAGAAGAUUGCAAGAAGAAAGAAAGAGGAAAGGGAAAAGAAGCAACAGGAAAUUGAACGCACAAAUAAAGAAAAAGAGUCAGCCUUGGCCUCCUACAAAGAUCGGAAGAAGCAGCAGCACUUGAAACUGUGUAAGAGAACAAGCAAAGGGCAGCCGGUGAUGAGAUUUCAGAUGGAAGUAUUGCUAGAUAAAAUCCAGAAACAGAAAGAACAUAGCUGA